GUAACAUAUUGCAUCUUACUAAUCUCAUUUCAUCUCUUCCAAAAGUAUACUCAAAAGUACAAGCGUACACUUCUACCGUCUGUCAGUUCUCUAACAUGUCAGGUGCUCAAGUGCCCAUCAAGACCCUUUUAGUCACCGUCUUCGAGUCAGUCAUACAAGUCUUCCUGUUAUGUCUCGCAGGAUAUGUCCUCUCUCGAGCUGGAGUGACAGAUAAGGCCACUCAAAGAAAGUUGAAUGUCAUAAACGUGUCUCUUUUCACCCCAGCCCUGUUGUUCGCCAAGGUGGCUUUCUCUCUGACCCCCGGCAAAUUAAAGGAGAUGUGGAUCAUUCCAUUAGGAUUUGUCCUCGUGACUGCCGUAUCUGCCGGAGUGGCGUGGGGUUUAUCCAGAGCGUUUCGUCUUAGUCGGUCUCAAACGGCAUUUGCUAUAUGCGCAUCCAUGUUCCAAAAUAGUAAUUCACUCCCUAUCGCUCUGAUACAAUCAUUAGUGAUUGAAGUACCUCAUUUAAAAUGGGGAGCAGACGAUUCGAAAGAUCAAAUGUUAGGUCGAGCGUUGACGUACCUCGUUCUCUACUCCACUCUUGGUAUGAUGCUACGUUGGUCAUGGGGCGUGAAACUCCUGUCCCAAGCCGACGAAGAGGUUCCGGAAGUCGAAUCUGCCAUCCCACCUCAGAUCCACCUCUCCUCUGAUCAACACGUCAGAUCACCCGAGUCUCUCAUCCCUCACCCCGGAGCCCAAGAGACGGAUCCCUUUUUCGCCAACACACAUUCCCUUUCGCUGGCGGACGAGGAAGAACGGAUCGGGCGGAAUAGUCUAUCGGUCUUACAUGAACAUCCAAGAGAUUCUUCACCUUCACCAUCCAUCUCUUGGCUCACUGGACCGGGUUCCGCACUGUCCAUGCAUCCUCCAGGAGUGUCAAGAGCAAUGACAAGUUCCAGUGCUCGAGCGAGUUCCGUACCCCCUCGGAAACACGUCACAAGGACGGAAAGCGGACGGGAAUUCUGGGGUUUACCAGAAGCUCCAAGAAGACAGAGAUUGAUGUUAUCGCCAGAACCAGAGGAUAGUAGUGAUGAGGAUGACGAGGAUGAUCUCACCCCACUUUCGCUAAGAAGGAGGAACACCUCCACACCGCCUACCACACGCUUACGUGCUUUGAUGUCGCAAAUCAAGCACGGUGCAAGGACAACUUUGAAAGCCGUCAACGCGUUCAUGACAGUACCCAUGUAUGCUGCGUUACUAUCAAUCUUUAUCGCUUUGAUACCGCCAUUACAAGCAUCGAUAGGGAAGAUCAAACCGUUUGAAGAGGCUGUACGAUCUGCGGGACAAUGUUCAAUCCCUGUGACAUUGGUGGUUUUAGGCGCCUUCUUCUACGCUCCCUCUCAACCAUCUAUCCCUCCACCUCAAUCCCCCUCAGAAUCCAACACCUCCCUAGGCUAUUUCGAGCGAAAAUUCCGUUCCAUAGUCCAUUCUUCCAAUCCGGUCUAUUCAGGAGAGAACAAAACCGUCUUUGUGGCGGUCAUCAGUCGUAUGGUCGUCGUACCCCUUCUCAUGUUACCUCUUAUAGCUUUGAUAGCUCGGACCGACCCAUUCGAAGCUGCCGAAGACCCAGUAUUUAUAUUAUCAGCCGUGUUGCUGGUUUCUUCACCACCGGCAUUGACCUUGGCUCAGAUCACUCAGGCAGCUUCCGGGGAUGCUUUCGAGAGAUUGAUAUCGAAAACCAUCAGCUGGUCUUAUGCCGUUUUGACGCCGCCUCUCACUCUCAUAUACGUCGUCAUUGGUCUCGUCUUUGGUGGUCUUUGACAAUAGUUGAUUUGUUGUGUUAGUAGUAGCUCAUCACAUCUGUCUUGCAUCGGAGUAUUAUAUCAUGCAGUAAUUCCCUUGCU